AUGGCUCUCUGCCCGCUACGCCCGCUGCUGCGGCUUCUCGUGCUGGGGCUCGGGCUGGCGCUGCUGCGCGCCGCGGCUGGGGAGCGAGUGCCAGGCACCACCCCCUGCUCUCGCGGCAGCUCCUGGAGCGCGGACCUAGACAAGUGCAUGGAUUGCGCCUCGUGCCCGGCGAGACCGCACAGCGACUUCUGCCUGGGCUGCGCUGCGGCCCCUCCCGCCCCCUUCAGGCUGCUGUGGCCUAUCCUGGGGGGCGCCCUGGGCCUGGCCCUUGUGCUGGGGCUGCUUUCUGGCUUCCUGGUCUGGAGACGGUGCCGAAGGAGAGAGAAGUUUACCACCCCCAUCGAGGAGACCGGUGGGGAGGGCUGUCCUGGCGUGGCCCUGAUCCAGUGA